AUGAUGCACGUACCAGGAAAAGGAUUAUUUGAGAACAACAGAUAUGAGUGUUUCGAGUCUCCACCUAAUAUUAAGCGUCCAAAGAAUGAUGCCAUUCGACAAUUUUCCAAACAUUGUGGUGCCCUAGCCUUUCGGGUCAGUGAAAGGCACAUUGAAGGUCUAGCAGGCGAGGCAACCACUAGAAAUUCCAUAGUUGGCUUGAAGGGAGCCAUUUUACCCUCGAAUCCUUUGGGAAUUUUGACACCCAAGGAUUUGAAAAAUCAGGCUACAAAACCUUUGGUGUCACAUGGUGAGAUUGAAAUUCUUGACAAAAGAUCAUCUCUCACGAAUUCAGAGAUGGAGCUGCCAAAAGGGCUGGGGAAGUGUGAAUUGAUGACUGUUGUAAAUAAUGGUUGGACUAAGCAGAUUGAUACUUUCAAGAAUUUGGAAACAUGUAAAAUGCCUGUUAAGGAAUGUCUGUCUCCAAGGAUCCAGAAAGGGGUUCCUGUCUCUGCCUCUCGGCAGUUUCCUCCAGGUCGUGGAAGACUGAAUCACUCUUCCUCUGUCAAAUCUGGGGUUUUAGCUAGUGGGAAGUCUGAUGUCGAGCCAAAGUCAUUAUUGGAGAUGAUAAGACCUGUUGGCAAGCGAACUAGAAAUGAAAUUCAGACUGGUCAUGCCCAGGAGAGCAAGUUAGACGAGAAUGCUUCAAUGGAGAAUGUAGACAAAGUUCAAAAUGUUUUGGGUAAUUUAGAAACCUUUUCUCGGCCUCUAAUGUCUCCUAAAGAAUAUCUGCCUCCCAGGAUCCGGAAAGGGGUUCCUGUCUUUCGGCAAUUUCCUCCAGGUUGUGGAAGACAGAAUCAUGCUUCCUCUUCCAACUCCGGGGUUUUAGCUAAUGUGAGGUUUGGAGUUGAUCAAAAGCCGUUAUUGGACACAAUGAGAACUGUUCAUAAGCAAACGAGAACUGAAAUUGAGGCCGGUUAUGCCAAGGGGAGAAAAUUAGACGAGAAUGCUUCAAAGGAAAAUGUAGGCAAAGUUCAAGAUGAAUUUAGCCGGGUUAUUAGAGAAGAAAUGUGCAAGAUGGUUCGAAGAAAAGUAUCUUCUGGGUAUGAUCUAGAACAGGUAGAGUGCAUUUUAUCUCCAUUGGAUUGUAAUGUGUUGCAAUCAGUUAAGUGUCAGGUGGUCUGCCACGUAGAAGAUGGAACUAAAACUCUGGCCGGAAGAAUGGGAAAGGAUCCCGAAAAGGGCAGCAGGGACAGGCUNGUCUUCUGGAUGGUCUGCCACGUAGAAGAUGGAAGUAAAACUCUGGCCGGAAGAAUGGGAAAGGAUCCCGAAAAGGGCAGCAGGGACAGGCUUGCUGAAGUUAAAAGUGAUAGAAGGGCACAUUCUGAGGAAGUAAAAUCUUUUGAUUUGGCUCCUUCAUUUAUUAACGGUCCAAAUGCCAAGCAACGGGGCAAGAUGGACUGCGGUUGUGAACUUCCUAAAUCUACCUGUGGAUACAAAAGUCAUAAUUAUGAGUUCAUGAUUGUCGACAAUUCUAAAUCUCUUGUUUUUGAGCAGAAGGAUGAGUCCAGGGUUUCAUGCCAGAAUUCUACCAAAGAGAAAUCUUUUGUUAUCGGAAUGAAAAAUGCUGAUCAAUGUACGAGUUCAAGGUUUGGCGAGGAGGAACAACAUGAAUAUAUUUGUGUAGACAAAGUUUCAAAUGAUGGGAGCAUUUUUCCAUUUGAUGAGCAUCGGGUAGGUGGUAUUCACAAUAAAGUAAGGGAGGCUUUAAAUCUGUUUAAAGAGGUACACAAAAAGAUGGUGCAGGAACAUACAGAAAAGGAACCGGGAAAACCUUCUGCGAAAGUUCUUAUCAAAGCAGCUAUGCUUCUUAAAGAACAGAAAAAAUGGAUUAAUACACAAAAGCAGUUUCUGGGACCUGUUCCAGGUAUUGAAGUCGGUGACCAGUUUCAGUUUAGGGCUGAACUUGUUAUUAUUGGCCUACAUCGCAGUUUUUUCUGUGGUAUAAAAUACAUAAAGAAAGAUGGACACGUUUUGGCCACAAGUAUUGUGGCUUCUGGUCGUUAUGCGAAUAAGACGGAAUCUUCUGAUGUUUUGAUAUAUUCGGGUGAAGGCGGAAAUCCCAAAGUUGCUAAUAAUAAACCUGAAGAUCAAAAACUUGCACGAGGCAAUCUAGCCUUGAAGAACAGCAUGGAUGCAAGAACUCCAGUUAGGGUUAUCUUUGGUCGGCAAACUUUGAAGGCCUCUAAUACUAGUGGUGAGAGCUCAAAAUACAUUUAUGAUGGGCUGUACACUGUGAGUAACUAUUGGCAAGAAAGAGGGCCAUAUGGCAAGAUAGUAUAUAUGUUUAGACUGAAUAGAAUACCAGGACAACCAAAACUUACUAGAAAAAUAGAGAGCAAGGUUAAAAAACCUAAGGCAUGCUUUGAGCGGUGUGUGUUGGACGAUGUAUCUCAGGGAAAAGAGAAGAUGCCCAUGCGUGCAAUGAAUGCUGUGGAUAAUGCGAAACCCCCACCUUUCACUUACAUAACCAGUAUGAUAUAUACAGAAUGCUAUGAUCCCUCAAUGCUAAGUGGUUGCAAUUGCAUUGAUGAAUGUUCUGAUUCCAAGAAAUGCUCUUGUGCAGUAAAGAAUGGAGAUGAGAUCCCAUUCAACAACAGUGGUGCCAUCAUUAAAUCAAAUCCCAUUGUUUAUGAGUGUGGUCCUUCUUGCAAAUGCCCCCCUUCUUGCAGGAAUAGAUCUAGUCAACGUGGAGUCCGGUAUCAAUUGGAGGUGUUCAAGACUGAAUCAACGGGAUGGGGUGUAAGGUCACGAAAUUUUAUUUCAUCUGGGAAUUUUGUAUGCGAAUAUGUAGGCGAGUUGAUCCGAGAAAAGGAAGCAAAGGAAAGAACAGGUAGAGAUGAGUAUUUGUAUGAUGUCGGGAAUGGCUGUGAUGAUACAGAACAUAGCUUCACAAUUGAUGCCGCACAAUAUGGGAACGUGGGGAGAUUUAUUAACCAUAGUUGCUCGCCUAACCUUUAUGCUCAGAAUGUGUUGUAUGACCAUGAUGAGAAGAGAAUGCCUCACAUAAUGCUGUUUGCUGCCAAGAACAUACCUCCUCUACGGGAAUUGACUUGUGAUUACAAUAUGAAUCACGUUUGCAAUGUAAGUGAUGGUAUCAAGAUGCAGAAUUGUUGUUCUGGUUCUCCCGGGUGCACUGGGAGGAUGCUUUGAGGAGAAGAUCUUCUAAAUGGUAAUGUAGCUUUCCUUGUGGUUGCAAAAUUAUAUUUCCUUUUCAUUAUAGGCUUUUGUUAUCAUUUCAACAUUGUUUAGACU